AUGACAUCAGCAGAGCAAUUUGCACCAGAGAUCUCAAAUUAUUACUACGAUCAGCAACAGUCGAAUCCAAGGCUUACUAAUAAUUCUGCAACAGCACCUGCACCACCAUCCGGUCCAUCAUAUUAUCCAAAUGCGCAGUAUAGUGCUUCUGAUUCCAGUCAACAUGGUCCGAGUUCAUCUUGUGGUUACAAUAAUGGAGAAUGGAAUAAGAAUGGGAAAGAUGGUGAAAAGGAUGAAGAUGAGGAAGAGAAGAAUAAUGUGGCCGUUUAUCCUUGGAUGACACGGGUUCAUUCAGCUAGCGGUUAG